AUGCCACGGCCGGACCUAGAGGCUCUCGGCGUCCAAUACCGACGAAUUCCCGUCUUGAGCAUCGGGAAGGACGUAUACUGUGACACUCGCUUGAUUAUCAAAAAGCUUGAGGAACAGUUCCCGGACGGAAGGCUUGGUGCCACAGAUGGUGAAGGGCAAGCUCUGGAGAACUUACUUGAAACAUGGUCGACGGAUGGAGGACUGUUUCUCAAUGCAGUUCUCCUGAUGCCGCUUGACCUGCCAUCUUUACGGGACCCGGCAUUCUUGAAGGACAGAUCUACCUUCCUUACCGGUCCAAAGUGGAAGAUGGAGGAUAUGCCCAGUCUUAGGAGCGAGGCGAUGGUUCAAGUAAAGCGUGCCUUUGACUUUCUUGAAUCAACGUUAUUAGCAGAUGGGAGGGACUGGCUCCGCAAGACGGAAAAGCCAACCCUUGCAGAUAUACACGGUAUGUCUCUCAUUUGCUCCCUGUUUCUCCUCGCUUGUCCCGGACAUUUCGUGGGAUGUCUGGAAAUGGGUUCCAUGGAUUCAAUUGGGAGGCUGACAUUUUCUCUUGCGUUAUUUUUUUUUUUUUCCCCUUAUUUAGCAAUUUGGCCAUUGGACUGGGUUCUUGACAUGGGAUCCUUGAAAGACAGCAUCAUCUCUGAGGCCAGCCACCCCAAAGUAUUUGCUUGGAUUGCCCGAUUUAGGCAAGCCUUGUCACACGCAAAGGGAAGGAUGGAAGAGAUGCUUGUGUCCGGCAGCGAAGUGCUUGACGGUCUCCAGUAUGAGUCGUUUGCUCAAAUUGACGUCGAAUUCGAUGACUCAGAUCCACUUGGGCUUGAGCAGGGCGAGGAAGUGCUGGUUUGGCCCACUGAUUCAGGAUCAACUCACCAGGAUUCUGGGGCCCUUAUUGGGUUGAAUUCAAAGGAGAUAGUGCUGCAACGAAAGACGGCAGAUAGCAGGUUUGAUAUCCGCAUUCACUUUCCGCGACUGAAUUUCAAAGUCGUCUCGGCUGCUCACGUGCAGCAGACUAAGCUGUGA